GAAACCCAACUUACAAAAACCUGGCGCUUAAAACCUUACAAUAAUUGGCGGGAAAAUCUUCCAUCUCUCUCACAGUCUCUCUCUACAGUUGCAGCCAUGAACGGCGGAAACUCAAGGAAGCGUCAAGCACCGUCGCAAAAUCCGUCACCUGCGCCACCGAAGCACCAUGCCACUAUGGAAGAAGAGGAUUUUGACGAAGAUGUUUACUUACCAGACGAUCUCAUUGACGAAGACUCUCAAAUUCUUCGCGACCUCGAUGAACGUUCUGCUCACCUUGCUCGCCUCACUAAGUGGGCCCGUCCUCAUCUUUCUCCCUCCUACAAAUCACAGUCCCAGAGUAUCGUUUUUCAGCAAUUGGAGAUUGAUUAUGUUAUUGGAGAUAGCCACAAAGAGAUUUUGGCUAAUAGGGGUGGUUCUGCUGCGAUUAUUCGGAUUUUCGGGGUUACUCGUGAAGGUCACAGCGUUUGCUGCAAGGUUCAUGGGUUUGAACCCUACUUCUACAUAAGUUGCCCUUCAUGGAUGGAUACAAACGAUAUAUCCCGUUUUCACCAAAUCCUGGAGGGGCGAAUGAGGGAGGCAAAUAGGAACACUAAGGUUCCCAAAUUUGUUCGAUCUAUUGAGUUGGUGCGAAAAAGGAGCAUAAUGUAUUAUCAAGAAGAAAGUUCUCAUCCUUUUCUGAAAAUUGUGGUUGCAUUACCUUCUAUGGUUGCUACUUGUCGUGGGAUUCUUGAUCGGGGCAUACAGAUUGAUGGCGUUGGAACCAAGACUUUCAUGACAUAUGAAAGCAAUGUCCUCUUUGCUCUGCGCUUCAUGGUUGAUUGUAACGUUGUCGGUGGGAACUGGAUUGAGGUUCCUGUUGGAAAAUACAAGACCACAGGCAAGAACUUGUCCUCUUGCCAGCUGGAGUUUGAUUGCUUAUAUACAGACUUGAUUAGCCAUGUCCCGGAAGGAGAAUUUUCAAAAAUGGCUCCAUUUCGCAUUCUAAGUUUUGACAUCGAGUGUGCCGGUCGCAAAGGUCUUUUUCCUGAGCCCACUCAUGAUCCUGUAAUCCAGGUGGCCAAUUUGGUAACAGUUCAAGGAGAAGAUAAGCCACUUGUUCGAAAUGUCAUGACCCUUAAGUCAUGUGCCCCCAUUGUUGGCGUUGAUGUCAUGUCUUUUGACAGUGAGAAAGAAGUGUUGCUUGCUUGGAGGGAUUUAGUUCGAGAAGUAGAUCCUGACAUAAUUAUUGGAUACAACAUCUGCAAUUUUGAUUUACCAUAUCUUAUCCAGAGAGCAACUACAUUGGGAAUUUCCGAGUUUCCUAUCCUUGGCCGCAUAAGGAGCAGCAGGGUUCGUGUCAAAGAUGCAACAUUUUCUUCAAGGCAGUAUGGAACAAGGGAAAGUAAGGAAGUUGCAAUUGAGGGGAGACUACAAUUUGAUUUGCUUCAGGCUAUGCAAAGAGAAUAUAAACUAAGUUCAUAUUCGCUAAAUUCUGUAUCAGCACAUUUCCUUGGCGAGCAGAAAGAGGAUGUUCACCAUUCAAUAAUAUCUGAUCUACAAAAUGGUAAUGCAGAAACUAGGAGGCGUCUUGCUGUUUACUGUUUAAAGGAUGCAUACCUUCCUCAGCGGUUGAUGGACAAGUUGAUGUUCAUUUACAAUUACGUUGAAAUGGCAAGAGUGACUGGAGUUCCUAUAUCAUUUCUCCUCUCCAGGGGGCAAAGUAUUAAGGUUCUUUCUCAACUUUUGAGGAAGGCAAAACAAAAGAACCUUGUUAUACCGAAUGCCAAACAUCCUGGAUCUGAGCAAGGAACUUAUGAAGGGGCAACUGUGUUAGAGGCCAGAGCAGGGUAUUAUGAGAAGCCAAUUGCAACGUUGGAUUUUGCUUCACUAUAUCCAUCUAUUAUGAUGGCAUAUAAUUUGUGCUAUUGUACACUGGUAACACCGGAGGACAUCCGCAAUCAAAAAAUAUCUCCAGACCAAGUUAACAAGACUCCUUCUGGUGAAACCUUUGUCAAGCCAGAGCUCCAGAAGGGAAUACUUCCAGAAAUUCUUGAAGAGCUCAUAACAGCUCGCAAAAGGGCUAAAGCAGAUUUAAAGGAAGCUAAAGAUCCUAUGGUGAAGGCUGUCCUAGAUGGUCGUCAGCUGGCCUUGAAGAUAAGUGCGAAUUCAGUUUAUGGGUUUACAGGAGCCUCUGUUGGCCAGUUACCAUGUUUAGAGAUUUCUUCGAGUGUCACAAGCUAUGGUCGCCAAAUGAUCGAACAUACUAAGAAGCUCGUGGAAGAUAAAUUUACUGUUGUUGGAGGAUAUGAGCAUAAUGCUGAGAUUAUCUACGGAGACACAGAUUCAGUUAUGGUACAAUUUGGUGCUUCUACUGUUGAAGAAGCAAUGAAAUUGGGAAGGGAAGCAGCUGAAUAUAUAAGCUGCACUUUCACAAAGCCCAUUAAGCUAGAGUUUGAGAAGGUUUAUUUUCCAUAUUUGCUGAUUAGUAAGAAGAGAUACGCUGGCCUCUACUGGACAAACCCUGAAAAAUAUGACAAAAUGGAUACUAAAGGUAUUGAAACAGUCAGGAGAGACAAUUGCUUACUGGUCAAAAACUUGGUAACUGAUUGCUUGCAUAAGAUACUUAUAGAUAGAGAUGUCCCAGGAGCUAUCCAGUAUGUCAAGAAUACCAUUUCAGAUCUUUUAAGAAACCGUCUAGACCUGUCAUUAUUGGUCAUUACAAAGGGUCUGACUAAAACAGGAGAAAAUUAUGAAGUAAAAGCAGCUCAUGUUGAACUUGCUGAACGUAUGCGCAAGCGAGAUGCUGCCACUGCUCCCAAUGUUGGUGAUAGAGUACCUUAUGUCAUAGUCAAAGCUGCCAGAGGUGCCAAGGCAUAUGAAAAAUCAGAGGAUCCAAUCUAUGUGCUGGAAAAUAAUAUACCAAUAGACCCAAAUUAUUACCUUGAUAAUCAAAUUGCCAAACCCAUAUUGAGGAUCUUUGAACCAAUUUUGAAAAAUGCAAGCAGAGAGUUGCUUCAUGGAGAUCACACGAGAUCCAUUUCCAUCUCUACUCCUUCAACUGGUGGCAUCGUGAACUUUACCAAGAAACGACUUACGUGCCUUGGCUGCAAAGCAGUGCUUAGCGACUCCGAGAAAACCAUUUGCUCAUACUGCAAGAGAAGAGAAGCUGAAAUUUAUUGCAACACAGUAGCUAAUGUAUCCGAUUUGGAAACACUAUUUGGGAAGCUGUGGACACAAUGCCAGGAGUGCCAGGGUUCCCUUCACCAGGAUGUGCUUUGUACAAGUCGUGAUUGCCCGAUAUUUUAUCGGAGAAAGAAAGCGCAAAAAGACAUGCGUGAAGCCAAGGUUCAGUUAGAUAGGUGGAGCUUUUGAAACAGGAGUGUUUGCAACUCUGUAGUCUGUACAGUUAGCUUUCCUGAAUGUAAACUUUGUGAGGCUGUGUUGAGUUUUAUGGCUGUGUACGGGAAGAAACAUGAACAAUGUUUGUUGGAGCAGUUCAAAUGAAGAUUGCUUUGCAUCAACUGGAAAUUGAUUAAGUUGUUUCAGAUUGCCACAGAUUUCACUGGUUGUAUGUGUUGAAGUUCUACAGUCCUUGAAUGAAACUGAAGCACCUCUUUUGGCAUCCUGUUCAAUGUAACAUCCAACACCAGUUUGCUAUUUUCUGAGUUGGGAAGGGGUUUGAAAUUCAGUAACUGGUAUUCAUAUGAGAACUAAUAUCCCUGCUUCGAGGAAACUGCUGUUUUCUUUUGUAUAUGAUGUAUUGAUAUCUGGAUUAUUAGAGCUGUGUAGGAAUGUAGGUCUGUAGCUAUAUGUUUAGGGGGCAGUUGAUUAAUUGAACAAUUAAUGUCAAGCCUGAAGCCGCUACCUUUGUAAUGCAGGCUGUCUUUUCGUGUAAAAUAAAAUGCUCCAGAUUUUUGAGCUUGUAUAACUGCUAGGUUUUGGAAUAGUAGAUUUAUAGCAUCUUACA